CGUUGCCUCGUUCUGUGGUCGAAGGCAGGAAAAAUGGUGAAUGUACCUAAGACCAAGCGGGCCUUCUGCAAGGGGUGCAAGAAGCACAUGAUGAUGAAGGUCACUCAGUACAAGACGGGCAAGGCCUCGCUUUACGCCCAGGGCAAGCGCCGCUACGACCGCAAGCAGUCGGGUUACGGUGGUCAGACCAAGCCCGUCUUCCACAAGAAGGCCAAGACCACAAAGAAGAUCGUGCUGAGGAUGCAGUGCCAAGAGUGCAAGCAGACCUGCAUGAAGGGGCUCAAGCGCUGCAAGCACUUCGAGAUCGGUGGUGACAAGAAGAAGGGCAACUGAGCUUUGGCACUUCGGCUUGGAACGAUGUAAUACCCUUUUGACAUAUCAUUUGUUCUUUCUGGCCCUAGGGCGUGUGCUGCCAAGGCCCCAAAUACACAUUCAUUCCUCUUCGGUCCCUCGGUUAUGCUUCCAUGGGCAAACAAGAGAGAGCGCUUGUACUGUAUCGGCAUCAGCACACGAAACUAAGUUGUUUACAGUACGCGUUGGGACCAAACAUCUUAACAUGCAGGACAGCCUCGAAUCCAUGUAUAGUAACCCUCGCCAUUAUUGCAAGCCAGGACUUGCAGGAGUAAGCGAAUUUUAACAAUUUCUUGCUAUGUAGUCACGUUUUCGCGAUAUGCUGUACGAGAUAAAUGCACUGCCGAUGGGGUAACUAGGGAUUUAGGAGAUCAUGCGGGUCAUUUCUAAUUUUCGAGUAUGUACACUGUUACAUUAGGGUUAAUCUCCUAAUCGUAUUUGCGUGGCAGAGAAACAAGCUUGAUUUGUGGAUGUGUUCUAAUAUUUUACGUCUGUCGUGUCACCGUGGUGGGAGCGACUGCAAUCUAUCCAACAUU